GUUGUCAAUUAUCACUUAUUUUUGAUUCAGAAAAAGUACGUUCUAUUCAUAAAGAGUUAAUGACUUAUGGAAUAGUGGUUGAUAUAAGAGAACCAAAUUGUCUUAGAGUUGCCCCUGCACCUUUGUAUAAUACUUUUUCUGAGGUCUGGAAAUUUGUAAAAGCUUUAAAAAUGGCUGUUAAUGAUUUAGCAGUUAAGGAUGAUGGUGAAGUUGUUUCUCUUUAA